UGCAGGAGAUGCGGCCCGGCCCGCACGGCCGCUGCCCGAAGCCGCUCCGACACCCGCGCCGCCGCCGCCCAGUCUGCCCGCAGCUCCGCCGUUGCCAGGGCGAGCUCCCUCGCCGGCCCCGCCCCCGGCCUCGCACCGCCCCCGUCCCCGGGAGGCCAAUGGAAGGGCGGCUUCCCCGAGGUCCCGCCCCACUCGCGCGCUCUUCACCAAUCGGACGGCCGUUCCUCCGCCGGCGCCCACCCCCGCCCCGAGUUAACCGACGCUGUUGGGGGGGCGCCUCCCGGUUGCCUAGCGACGGCGCUUCUGCCCCCGGGGACACAUGCGCAGUCCGGGCCGAGGUGGGGUGCGGUGGUUGGCUGCUGGAGCGGCGGGACCUGGCGGGAGCUGAGGUGGGCUCAGUGCGGAGCGGCUUAGGUGAGGUCGGCGGGGGCACGCGGGCACACGGCGGGACCUCGGGCCUGCUGCGGGGAGAGGCCCCGGGGACGCCGAGGCCAGGCACCAGGGAGAAGAAAGCCGAGGCCCUGGCCGGGGCAGCCGCGGUGUGCGAGAGCAGCGGCGCUGUGCGGGGGCUGGCGGCGCUGUGCGGCGCAGAGGGAAGGCCCUGCGUUAAGGAAGGCUCUUCCCAGUUUCCUGUCGCCCAGGGCCUGCCUCGUGGCAGAUGGCGGACCUGCCCAUUAACUGUCCUAUGACGAUGAUACCAG